AUAAAAGGGACACGUCAUAAACAAGGGGAAGGCGCACGUUAGCAGGAGCUUCAUAAGAGCAAGAAGAGAGGUGAAGAAACUGAUGAGACAGGGCGGACAUUUCAAAGACUGAGCUUUACCAAAAUAAUAGUUUCUUCUAUCCAACUAUAAAUCCUAAUCUAUCUUCAACCUACCUUCAUUUCUACUUCUAAUUUCUCAAAUACCCAGAUCGAUCAUCCAUUUCCCCCCAUCUCCCAUGGAGUCUGCAGCUGUCUUACGCUCCUUUCACUGCACUGUUUCACCUUUGCGUUCAUCAUUUGAGAGACCUGGUGUGGUUUCUAUGCAUAAUGCAUCAUGGAUCAUAUCAACAAAAUCUCUUAUCCAAACUUCAUCAUUCGGUUUGGAUCUUGUUUCUUCUCAGAAAAGGCGAACAGGGGCAAUUGUGUCAUGUGUUAAGUCAUCUGAUGUUGCUGUUGCAGACAAGUCCAAUGGAUCAGUGGAGAAGAAGAAUACUUCAACCGUUUCUUUUCCUAGUGGCUUUGAGGAACUUGUCAAGGGUGUAUGUGAUGAAACACAGAUUGCUGAGCUGAAAAUGAAGAUUGGGGGAUUUGAAAUGCAUCUAAAGAGGAACAUUAAAUCAACAGGAGGAGGGAUUGUUGUUGCUUCACCUACAGUGGCCCCACCAAUUCCUAGUGAACCAAUGACUGGAUCUACCCCUGUGGCCCCACCAUCGCCACCUAAGCCUGCUCAAAAAUCAAAUCCAUUUACAAAUGUUCCUGUUGAGAAAUUGAAGAAAUUAGCAGCUCUAGAAGCUUCUGGAGCUACUGGAUAUGUUCUAGUCUCAUGUCCCACGGUUGGAACAUUCCGGAAGAGCAGGACACUCAAAGGGAAGAAGCAGCCUAUUCUUUGUAAAGAGGGUGAUAUGAUUAAGGAAGGACAAAUUAUAUGCUAUUUGGACCAAUUUGGCACUGAACUUCCGGUGAAGUCGGAUGCAUCCGGAGAAGUCAUAAAGAUCCUCUUUAAUGAUGGAGAGGCGGUUGGGUACGGAGAUCCCCUCAUUGCAGUCUUGCCAUCAUUUCAUGAUAUCAAGUAAACCAUUUGUCAUCCAUUAAACUAGUUUUUCAGAGAUCCAUCCUUCCAUCCCUUUACUUUUGCUUUCGAGUAUGUAUUCUUGUAAUGUUUAGCACUUUAUCUUUUUGCCAAUUUUUUGGGUUGAAAAUGACUUCAAAGUUGCAACAAAAAUUUAUCCAAG